AUUAAAUUGGUUCUGACUCAUGGCAAGCCGGUAGUGUAUUGUGUUGAACAUGAAGUUAAAAUAUUAGUAAUUUUACUAAUUUGUUUCGGCCUGAGUCUUUUUGUGGCUGCCGCUGUUCAAAGUCACAGACCUUAGACCAGUGUUGAACUUGUUUACAUUUGAUUGAUUUUUGUCCGAAGUAAAUAAAUAAUAAAAAAAUUCUAAUUUGUAGAUUACUUAGGUACUUUAAGAUAGUAUCUACCAAAUAAUAUAUUAUUCUGUGCUAUAAGGCACUUAUGUGAUACAUAGGUUAUCUAUUAUUUACCACAUCAUUUAAUGUGCUGCCUAGUUACUAUAAUAAGGUAUUAAUUACGGGCACAAUGGCAUCACUGAUGGCAGGAGACACACUAGGACAAAAGCAUCAAAACUACAACAAAUUAGUAAAUGAAGCAAUCAAAAAUAAUCCAAUUGAACAUAUAACCGCAAUAAAUUAUGAAGAGUCUGAUUUGGAUAACCUUUACAAAAUAGAUAUAGCAUGUAACACCAGAAAUGUUGAAUAUGUUCUUGAAGUUCUCAAAUGUGAAGACAUGUUAUACGUCUCUCGAGUUAUUAAGCAAUCUUCUUGGUUAAUAACCGAUCCGCAAUAUUCAUCUUUUAUUAAUCCUGAAUAUUUGUACAACAGUCUUUAUCCACAGAUGACAUCUAAAGCUUUCAAUAAACUCAUUCUGCACAUUAGGCUUAACUUAAAAGAUGAAAAACGCGUUGAAGACUUUUUCAACUAUUACAAAGAAAAAGAUUUGCAAAAAGCAUUCAAAUGGCUACCGGGUUGCUCUAAUCCUUUUAUUGAAAAUAUCAUUCAGAAACACUUUGAGGAUAUACCAAACCAAAUAGUAAAACGGUUAUAUAAGAAAUCUAUAAAUUUCCUAAAAAUAACAAUACAAACCAAUAAAUCGUAUUAUAAAAUGGACAAGGUAUUACUAGGAAUGUUUCAUCUAAAAAGAUAUUUUGAAAAAUUCAUGGAUAUUUUAGAUACAGCUGAUAUGGAUGAUAUACCACAAUUUGGACCGAAAUAUACAAAAAUAAUUAUGCAGAAAAAUCCUGAAAGGAUAAUGAAAAAUCUUGAAAAAUAUGUAGAUAACGUGGACGUUGUCACUUUUGCAAAAUUCCUUAAAAAAGAAGAGGCCAAAGACUUUAUACUAACCAAUAUCAAAAAUAAGAAAAUGCGUUCAUGGUUCAACCAUAAAAAAAUAAAAUACUUUCUGAACCGAUUGCCAAUUGAGGAAAGAUUUGACUUUAUCAAAAAAUAUUUCAUCGAAAAAACAAUUGAAGAUGUAAACCUGGAAGAUGAGACAUGGGAUGACAUAUUAGAAUACUGUAGUCCACCUUUAAAAGGAAAUGUAUCAUCAUCGAAAAAUAUAUACAGUUGGUACGUAUAUGCACCAUUUAUAAAGGCUUUUGGAGAUUUGAAACAGUUGAUUCGAAGUGAAUCAAAUCCAAGUGACAGAAUACGGAUUUUGCGAGUAGCGUUAACAUGCGCAGGUAAGGAUAGGAAAAAUAUACUUGCCUUGCUAAAGUUUUACCGUGAAAAUCACAUCAACGAACCAUUCAAGUUUAAAAUUCAGUUUGUAAAUCAUUUGCUUAUAAAGACCGAUACUCACAAGUAUGAUAAAGAAGCUUGGGGAUAUUUAAAUGAUCUUUUUAAUAGCAUGGAAGUGUACACUAAAUCUGACAAAAAUUUACAAUUAUGUGUAAGAUCCAUAAUUUUACGUAAUCUACUUAAUGGUGAGAAUAUUCCUGAAAUUAUAGAACAGAAAUUUGAAUUUGAAAAUUUGGACGAUAAGAAUAAGUAUAAUAAGGAAGAAAGAGAGAAAAUAUUCUGUUUCUUAUACAACUAUUUGAUUUCAAAAUUAAAAAAUGAUUGUAACACUGAAAAGGAAUUUGAUGAAACUGUGGAAAUUGUCAUGAAGGUUUUGAAUCUUCUGAAAGAUUGGAAUAAAGAUCUCAAAGACUAUUCAUUAAUUCUACAGAAAAUCAAAGAUCUUGUUAUUGUUAGGAAAGAAAAUGGUUGGAAUCAAUGUCUUUCGGAUAUAUAUAAUAUUAAAAAAUCUUGGAGAAAGCUUUUAUUAGCAGAAUCUAUUCUUCUAAACCCCUCUGAAGAAAGUUGCAUUAACGCUCUUAAAUAUGGCCCACAAUUAUUGGAAAUAUAUAGAAAAGAAAUAAACAAAUUAUGUAUAAGUGACAACAAAUUUUUUGAAAAAUUUCUUAAAAAAAUUCGAAUUUAUUGUCAUCAAUCUUUGGCAAAAUCUUUCAAGAAAACAUUUCUGGAAAAUCUUAACCAAACAAAUGGUGACGUUGCGUUGAUUAAAGGACUCUGUAUUUUACUUUCACGAAAAGAAAUUUUGGAUUUAAUACAGAAAUAUGUACCCACAGAAGCUAAAAUUGACUGGAGCCAACCUGAAGAUUUAGAGUUCUGCCUUCGCAAAUAUAUCGCCAAAUGUAUGCACUUAGCAAGACCCCAUCCUCCCCUUGCCGUGGCUCUAGAGUACGCAAAAGGAGACUUUUUGCAAUAUGUACUACCAUCUUUAAAUGCAAUACUUUAUAACAUAAGGUCUACUUAUAUUUGCGAACAUAUUCCAGAACUUCUUAAUACACCAGUAUCCUUACAAAAACACGGCAUUCGUGUUGCAUUUUCAAAGCUGAAGCAUGAUGAACUCAAAAAUAUAUUUUCUGAUAUUUGGAAGACUAGUAAGAAUAAUACCAUUCGAGCUGAUAUCUUUUGUCAGACUUAUAAGAUGCUUUGCAAAGAAACUGAUAAAGCAGUUAUUUUAGAAAUAUGGCAGUUGUUGAGUAUAUGUAUUGAUAAACUAAAUUUCGAUGAAAAUAAAAAAAUAUACAUGACUCUUAGCAAAGCUGAUAAUGUGCCACUAUCGGUUAGAGCAGCGUUCUGGAUGAAGAGUUAUGAAUUUCUAAAAAAAUUACCGCCUCAAACAAAUUGUAAUCGUUUUAUCGAUGAUUUACACAGGCAAAUAGAAGACAUAUUGGAGUUUUUAGAAAUUGAUUUUAUGGCAAAAAUAUAUUUUGAAAAUUUUGUAAAAAAGUUUAGCACACAACAAUACGAUCACUCCCGUCAGCUAUCUAUGUAUAUGCUGUCCGCAAAGACUGAAAAAGCUCAAAAUGAGCGGUACGAAAAAAUUCUUCUACCUCUUCUAGAAAAAGCUCUUUCUAUGUGGGAUAAGCGACACGAGAAUGUUUACUACACAAGAUAUAAUUUACGAGAUAUAUUUGCGUAUAUGUCCAGAGAAUUUGAAGACAUUGUUUUAAAUAAGAAAGUGAUUUUUCCUAUCGCUAUGUAUACUGCGGCAUUGAAGAAACUUGAAAAUAGUCUGUCGGUAAAAGAAAACUAUAUUCUUUUAACCAAAGUAAAAUUGUCGUUAGGAUACAUACAAAUUUUACAUGAUCUAAAAAUUAACAAAGAUGUAGGGUGUUCUGAUUCCACAGAAAACGUUGGCCAGGACCAGGAAGAUAAAUGGAAAAACGUGCACACCGCUGCAGCCCCAAUUUUUGGCAGGUUGUGUUUAAAUUGCUUAAAGGAAGAUGUCGCGAAAUAUUUUCCUUCGAUAUAUAUCAUUUUUGCAGAUGUUUUGGAUGCUGUACUCAAUUGGUAUGUUGGGUCUGGGAGUUAUCAAAUGAAUAAAUUGAGUUUAUUUAAAGUUUUUGUUGAAAGCAAAGAUUUCAUUAAAGGAUACUUGUUAGUGAUGAAGUUAAUGCCAAGUUAUUAUUUAUACGACGACGAUGAAAGGGCUACAUCCUUCGGAAGAAGUCGCGAUGCAUUAUUGGCUUUUCUGUAAGGAUUUUUAAGCAUUUGUUAAAAUCUACUUUUUUUUAAAACAAUAAUUUUGAAUGUUUAUUUGAAAUUUGUACAUAUUUAUAAACUACGAGAACUUAUUUAUUAAAAAUGUACCUAACGCUUAGAAUUAAUUACAUACACUGCAAUAAACUGUUUCUUAUAUCUACUGACAGACAAA